UGUGACGCGUGACCAUUAUAAGGUCUUCCUUGUCCCAUCACCGCCUCCGCGCCUCUGCAUCUUACCCUCACUCGCAUUGGCAAGCCGCACCGCACACACAAAUAUGCCACCGGGCGCCUCAUCAACGAGCUCGCUUCUGGGAACGCGAAGACGUACGGAGGAGCCAGAGAACGGCGCAUCAGCGAGCAAGCGACCGCGGCUGGAGACGAAUCAAGAGGCGCAGGCGCGGCAGAGCAGUAAGAAGCGGAGCAAGAAGCGUCGGAGGAAGGGCCCGCUUGCUACUGCGGCCAAUCGCGGGGAUGAGGGUGGGGAGGAGGACGAGGAGCAAGAGGAGGUGGGGACGGAGGUCGGCCCGGGUUUAGUUGCGAAGAGAAACCACGCGGAUGAGGAUGUCGAGAACAAGGGCACACGUUCCCGAUCGCGUAGUCAAGGAGAGAAAGCGGAGGCGAGGUCGAGGCCACCCAGUCCCCCUCAAGAAAGUCCCGAGGAAAUUAUCGCUAAUCUCAAGGCUGCAUUGGCGGCGCAGUCAGUGCAACUAGCCCUCAAGAACGACACAAUACAGUCGAUUACCAACAGCCUAACCUGCCAAAUCUGCCUUGAUUACCUGCAAAAGCCCUUCGCUAUGGCUCCGUGUGGCCACAUCGCUUGCUACAGCUGCCUCAAAUCCUGGUUCACUGCUGGCAGUAAUGGUCCGAACUACGUGCACAAGAAGAAGACGUGUCCUCACUGUCGAGCCGUCAUCCGUGAGCGCCCGGUGGAGGUGUGGGCCGUGAAGGAUGCUGCGACGACGUUGUUCAAGGCAGAGGGCGCUGUGCAGGUCCCACUCGUUGCAGCACUUCCGGCCGAGGUAGCAGGUGCUGCGCCCCUCGUGCCCGCGGCGGCUACUCCGGACGAUGCGGACCCUUGGAAACAUAUCUUCCGUCCCAUCUACAAACCGCCUACACCUGGUGACCGUCCCGGCGUCGCUGACGAUGUCGAUGAGCAAGAAAUGGGCAUGUACGACGCCGAGGAUCAAGUAUACCGUUGCUUCGACUGCAUGCACGAGAUCUGGAGCGGCGAGUGCACGCACUGCCAUCGCGCGUAUCCUGGCCACCCCGCGGACUACGACGACGAAGACGAUGAAUUCAUUCCCUUCCCGCGCAUUCCGCUGUUCGACUUCUUCCCGCACGAGGAAGACCUAACAGACGACGAGGAUGGGUUCGAUGGAUUCGAUCUGCCCAAUCUCUACGGCGACGGCUACAGCGACGGUGAAGAGGAGGGUGAGGAAGACGGCGAAGCCGAUGAGGAAGCGCCACAUCUGGCCCCAUCGGACGAAGAAGAGGACGACAACGACGACGCGCUCAGGGCCGCCGGUCGUCGGAUAGCCCGCCUCACCCGUACCCUGUUCGCCCCGCGGCAUGAAGUCAUCGACGUGAGCAGCGAGGAGGAGGAAGAGGAAGAGGAGGCCAUGCCUGUUCCACCGAGGCGACCGAAUCGCCGUCGCCUCCCUGCCGUCGACUCGGACGAGGAGGAUGGGGAAGAGGACGGAGGAGGCGUCGCCGAAGUCAUUGAAAUUCAGGACGACGAGGACGACGGCGCGUCCGACGAGGGGUACCCCUGGUCCGCGGGUCCAUGACCCAUACGCGCACCUGGACGAGCGCCUCGACAUCCAGGAUGACAGGUCCGUCGUCGAGGAUGGCGACCAAGUGGAUGACGGCGACCAGGUGGACGACGACGAAUACGAUCACCGACACCCGUACGCCGAGCACUACCCGCCCGAUCAUCUCGAUAGGGGUGGCAAUAACUACUACGGCCAGGGUGCCUUCGAUGAUGAUGACGAAGAGUACCCGGACUAUGGCGGCGUGGAGGACGAGGAUGAGGAGGCGGGGAUUGUGUACCCCAGCGAUGAGGAGAGGUACUCGGA